AUGUCUCGGGACGGCUCUCCCAAAGUCGUCCUCCUCCCCUUCUCUAAAUCACCUCGGAUCUCAAUUCAUGCAAAGACCGAUCUCCAAACAAAAUCCAGUCCUGACGUGAACCACCGAAUGCUGUGGGCCCAAUCUCUUCUUAUACUCUCUCCUCCCCGCUCACAGAUCCCCUUCCUGUCCCCCUCACCAUCUGACCGCGACUGCGUCCACAAUGCCUGGCUCGCUUCCAGAACAGUCCCCACCCGCAAGAGCUCGUAUCUCGUCCCUGGUGCACAGCGCCCCUUGAACAAACCAAACAUUAGACUGGCUUAUAUCAUUGCCCACAAGUGCGCCUUUGAUCUCGUCAAAGUCCUAUGGAGUCUUCAUCCCGUCCGUACCACCCUCAUGAUGCUCCUGAACAUUGUGCGUGGCUUUUUUCCCGCUUUCAGGGGUUACUCUCAAGCCAUGAUAGUAGAUGAGCUCCAAGCUUUGAUCUCCUCAGGCCGUUUCACGUGGUCACGUCUCGUAAAGCUCAUGACUGCGGAAAUCCUACGGCGCGCAUUGGAGAGUUUAAUCGACUCUUUCGCUACGACCAACGAAAAUAUCGUUCAGGAGUCUGCCAGAUUUUUUGUAGAAUAUCAGCAAGUGGCACAGCGGCUUCGACUCGAUGUUCCAACGUUGGCAGACCCCGUUGUGCGCGACUGUCUGCAAGAAUCUGAUCUAUUCGUGAGGUCUUUCAAUGGCAUGGGAGGCUUUGGACUACUAUCACCGUUCGAUUUUGUGCAGUUGUUCGCAUUAUUGUCGGAACUUGCUUCACAUAUUCUGGUGCUCCUCUCUUUGACAGGAGGUACUAAUCUCGGUGUUCUAUUGCUCUCCGUACUCUCCGCCAUAUUCCCCUUGCUAUUAAGCCGCGGUGGUUUCGGUUCGCUUCAUCCCGACUCGUCUUAUACACAACAGGAGGCUCGUACCGCUGAACGUCAGGAAAGGCUACGUAACUUGGCCCACAGUGACUGUCAUCGCCCCGAGAUUUUAUUGUUCGGGCUCGGACCAUGGAUACUACAGUCUUGGGCCAGUGCCCGAAAGUCGAUGCUGUACGCUGAAGGACCUUUGUCGUCAAAGCAAUCAGUUUUGCCACAUUUCCUCGGUUCAAUCAACAUAUCUGAUUUACUAUUUGCGGUACAAAAUAUUCCGCUGCUUCUGAUGCUGCAGUCCUCGUCCUCGUCGCUAGGUUCCUUGGCAUUGUACCGCAGCUCCAUCCAGUCCGUCGUGUUCACCGUCGGAAAUCUCCUCACUACGACGCGGAUGGCAUUCCAAGGAAUAUUUCUGAUGGGCGCUUUCUGUGCUGCCAUGAACAUUCAGCCAAAACUGGAGCCGGCCGAUGAGGAAGUGGAGUGUUAUUCUUCACUUCCCAAUGGAAUGAAAAUCGAAGCAAGGCACUUGUCGUACACUUACCCCGGUAGUAAAGACGCCUCGUUGAAAAACGUCAGUUUCACUUUAGAAGCAGGAGAACGGCUUGCUAUAGUCGGUUACAAUGGUUCCGGCAAGUCUACGCUCGCAAAAGUCAUCCUACGCAUCAUAGAUUUUAGCCAGGGGGAUCUCCUUGUCAACGGGGUUGAUGUUCGUCGGUUCAGCCCGAGUGAAUACCACCGUCGUGUUACCACGGUUUUCCAAGGGUUUUCAAAGUUCAAUUCAACCGUCAGAGAAAACGUUGGUUUCGGAUAUAUCCAGAAGCUAGGCUCGCAAACCGCCGUCGAGCAGGCUAUACGCCUCGGUGAAGCGGAUACAUUCGUCGACUCAUUACCAAACGGCCUUAAAACAAAGUUGGAUGCUUCAGGUUUUGAACCGAUGACGUACUCAUCGACUCCGAGUGGCGUAAGCCAACCGUCGUCCUCGCGGGUGCAUCAUGGUCUGUCUGGUGGCGAGUGGCAGAGGAUAGCCAUUUCACGUGCCUUCAUGAGAGCUGAUCGUCCGGAGAUUGAUCUCCUCCUAUUCGACGAACCAACAUCCUCAUUGGAUGCACAUGCGCAGAACAGGAUAUUUGACACUAUAGAUGAGGUAUCCCGGUCACCUUCCGGGGCACGAUCGAAAACCGUCAUUUUCAUAACACACCGCCUGUCUACUGCUCGGCGCGCCGAUAAAAUCGCGAUGAUGGAAAACGGUACUAUCACCGAAUUUGGAUCUCAUGAAGCAUUAUUGCAAAAGGGCGGUUCAUAUGCCACGCUAUAUCAAGCUUCCGUAUGA